AUGGUAUUUUUCUUUUUUUUUUUCUUCAUACUCUCUAAUACUGUCUGUCUGUCUGUCUAUAUAUCUCAUUCUCUCUUCUCUCCCUCUCUCUCUCUCUCUCUCUCUCUCUAUCUCAUUGUCUUCUCUAUAUAUCUGUCUGUCUGUCAAUCUAUCUAUCUAUCUAUCUAUCUAUCUAUCUAUCUAUCUUAUUCUGUUAUCUCUUUCUCUAUCUCAUUGUCUUCUCUAUCUAUCUCUCUGUCUGUCUGUCAGUCUAUCUAUCUAUCUAUCUAUCUAUCUAUCUAUCUAUCUUAUUCUGUUAUCUCUUUCUCUAUCUCAUUGUCUUCUCUAUCUAUCUGUCUGUCUGUCUAUCUAUCUAUCUAUUUAUCUAUCUAUCUUAUUCUGUUAUCUCUUUCUCUAUCUCAUUGUCUUCUCUAUCUAUCUGUCUGUCUGUCUAUCUAUCUAUCUAUCUAUCUAUCUAUCUAUCUUAUUCUGUUAUCUCUUUCUCUAUCUCAUUGUCUUCUCUAUCUAUCUGUCUGUCUGUUCAUCUAUUUAUCUAUCUCUAUUCAUCUAUCUAUCUUAUUCUGUUAUCUCUUUCUCUAUCUCAUUGUCUUCUCUAUCUAUCUGUCUGUCUGUCUAUCUAUUUAUCUAUCUAUCUAUCUAUCUAUCUAUCUAUCUAUCUAUCUAUAUUAUUCUGUUAUCUCUUUCUCUAUCUCAUUGUCUUCUCUAUCUAUCUGUCUGUCUGUCUAUCUAUUUAUCUAUCUAUCUAUCUAUCUAUCUAUCUAUCUAUCUAUCUAUCUAUCUUAUUCUGUUAUCUCUUUCUCUAUCUCAUUGUCUUCUCUAUCUAUCUGUCUGUCUGUCUAUCUAUUUAUCUAUCUAUCUAUCUAUCUAUCUAUCUAUCUUAUUCUGUUAUCUCUUUCUCUAUCUCAUUGUCUUCUCUAUCUAUCUGUCUGUCUGUCUAUCUAUUUAUCUAUCUAUCUAUCUAUCUAUCUAUCUAUCUAUCUAUCUUAUUCUGUUAUCUCUUUCUCUAUCUCAUUGUCUUCUCUAUCUAUCUGUCUGUCUGUCUAUCUAUUUAUCUAUUCAUCAUCUAUCUAUCUAUCUAUCUAUUAUCUAUCUAUCUAUCUUAUUUCUGUUAUCUCUUUCUCUAUCUCAUUGUCUUCUCUAUCUAUCUGUCUGUCUGUCUAUCUAUUUAUCUUUCUAUCUAUCUAUCUAUCUAUCUAUCUAUCUAUCUAUCUUAUUCUGUUAUCUCUUUCUCUAUCUCAUUGUCUUCUCUAUCUAUCUCUCUGUCUGUCUAUCUAUCUAUCUAUCUAUCUAUCUAUCUAUCUAUCUAUCUAUCUAUGUCUGUGA